ACGAGCCAGCCACCAACUCCCGCCUAGCUGUCAACUGGAGCAGGGCUUAUGGGGCAGCGAGAGGACGUGUUAUCCUCUCCACGCCCUACGCCGGAGAAAGAGAUCAUGUGCGAGUGUCAGGCGAGAGCUCUGUGUGCGUGCGUGUGUUUGCGUGUGAACACAAAGAUACUAUCCGAGGCACCCUGUAUUUGCAUUCCAGUAGAAUAAUACUAUCUGGCAGCGAUGUAGAGACUUCAGGCUUCCAGCUUUGAGCACCGGAGGAAAGGUUUCCUAAUGAAGAAGCAGAGAUGUCAGCUCCACAAUGAAGGUCCGGGAGAGCUACUGAGUUCCCAGGUUUUGGGAAUCAGAUAUAAAUAUAUAUGCCGAGAGUAUGCAUACCUGAGCUCUGAGACCUUUGCUCAGAGCUUCCGAAAAUGCUGAGUAAGGUCAUGAAAGUGACUGGUACUGAACUGAUUCCUGACCAAUCUGCUUGGGUAAACAGGAUUGGGGUGAAAGUAGAAUAUCCAGAAACUAGCCUUGGAAAAUCUCACCCAGGUGCUUCAGGAGACAGCUUGGCCUUCUUAGGAAUCUGUACUUCACAAGAGGGUAGUUCUAAGAGGGAAGGAAUGACUUCAGGGCUCUUGACAACCAGAUCCCAGGAAUCAUUGACAUUCAAGGAUGUAGCUGUUGACUUCACCCAGGAGGAGUGGGGGAAACUGGACUCUAGUCAAAAAUAUCUAUACAAGGAUGUAAUGCUGGAGAACUACAGGAACCUGGUCUCACUGGGGCAUCAAGGUUCAAAACCAUUUGUGAUUUCCCAAUUGGAACAAGGACAAGAGCCUUGGAUAGUAGAGAGAAAAAUCUCAAGAAGUAACUGCAAAGACUGGGAGACUAGACCUGAAGUCAAGGAUCCAAUUCCCAUACAGGGCAUUUUUGAAGAGGAAAUACCUCAGGAGGCGGCAGUAGAAAGAUUCACAAGGGAUGGUCUAUGGUACUCUAAAAUAGGAAAAGUCUGUAAGUCUGAUGAUCAGUUUGAAAAGCAGCCAAAUAACAAAGAAAAAUAUCUGAGACAAGUUACACUUUCCCCAAAGAAAACUUUCACUGGAAAGAUAGACCCUGAGUGUUAUGAAUUUAGUCUGAAUUCAGUCCUUGUUACUGAACAAAGAGUUCCUACAAGAGAGAUUGACCUUGAAUGUGAUGUAUUUGAAAAAACUUUCAAGUGUAAUUUGCAUCUAAUUGGACAUCAGAAAAUCUGUGUAGGGAAGAAACCAUAUGAAUGUAAUGAAUGUGGAAAAGUUUUUAAUAAAGGUGCCCUACUUAGACAGCAUCAGAGAAUCCAUACAGGCGAGAAACCUUAUAAAUGUAAUGAUUGUGGGAAAGCUUUCAGACUUCGUGGAAACCUUACUCAACACAGAAGGAUUCAUACUGGAGAGAAACCUUAUAAGUGUAAUGAAUGUGGAAAAGCCUUCAGAUUGCAUGGACACCUUACUCAACAUAAGAAAAUUCAUCCUGGAGAAAAAAUUUAUGAAUGUAAUGAAUGUGGAAAAGCUUUCCAUAGGACUACACUUCUAUUGCAACAUAAAAGAAUCCAUACUGGAGAGAAACCCUAUAAAUGUAAUGAAUGUGGAAAAGUUUUUAGUAAUAGUGCUCUCCUCAUGCAGCAUCAGAGAAUUCAUACUGGAGAAAAACCCUAUGAAUGUAAUGAAUGUGGGAAAGCUUUCAGACUUAGAGGAAAUCUUACUCAACAUAAAAGAAUCCAUACUGGAGAAAAACCUUAUAAAUGUACUAAUUGUGGGAAAGCUUUCAGUAAGGGUACACUACUUAUGCAGCAUCAGAGAGUCCAUACUGGAGAAAAACCCUAUAAAUGUCAUGAGUGUGGAAAAGCUUUCAGACUUCGUGGAAAUCUUACACAACAUAAAAGAAUUCAUACUGGAGAGAAACCCUAUAAAUGUAAUAAUUGUGGGAAAACCUUCAGUCAGAGUAAACACCUGACUCAGCAUCAGAGGAUUCAUACUGGAGAGAAGCCCUAUGAGUGUAAUGAAUGUGGGAAGGCAUUUUGUGAUAGAUCAUCCUUGACCAAACAUCAGAGGAUUCAUACUGGAGAGAAACCUUAUGAAUGUAAUGAAUGUGGGAAAGCUUUUAGUAGGGGAGCACUCCUUACUCAACAUCAGAGAGUCCAUACUGGUGAGAAACCUUAUAAAUGUAAUGAUUGUGGGAAAGCCUUUAGUAAGGGUGCACUACUUAGACAACAUCAGAGAGUCCAUACUGGAGAAAAACCAUAUAAGUGUAAUGAAUGUGGAAAAGCCUUCAGACUUCGUGGACACCUUACUCAACAUAAGAGAAUUCAUACAGGAGAGAAGCCUUAUGAAUGUAGUGAAUGUGGGAAAACCUUCCGUCAAAGUACAGACUGUACUCAACAUCAGAGAAUCCAUACUGGAGAGAGACCUUAUGCAUGUAGUGAAUGUGGGAAAGCAUUUUGUGACAGAUCAUCUUUGACUAAACAUCAGAAGAUUCACACUGGAGAAAAACCUUAUGAAUGUAAUGAAUGUGGAAAAGCUUUUAUUCGAAGUUCAUAUCUUAUUCAACAUCAUAUAACUCAUACUGGAGAAAAGCCUUUUGAAUGUAAUGAAUGUGGGAAAGCCUUCAGCCUGCAUGCAAAUCUUACUCGACAUCAAAGAAUUCAUACUGGAGAGAAACCAUAUAAAUGUAUUCAUUGUGGAAAUGCAUUUAGGCACAGUUCAGCUCUGAUUAGACAUCAAAGAGUUCACAGUGGAAAGUAAUGUUGGGAAUUUAGUAAAUGUAGUCACCUUUUAGAUGGAGCUUUCAUUCUCUUUGGUCACAGUUUGUCACUGUAAUUGUUUUUGGUGUGUUAAAGUGAUAUGCUUCUAUUCACAUUUCUCUCUCCUCUGUGUACUUUCUUUCCUCAUAUUCACACAAAUAUAUAUGUAUAUAUGCACCCUGCUGUCUAUAAAGGAAUUUAUAAUAUUAAAAAAAUUGAGUAACAAUUUGCCAAUAAUUAAACAAAAAUUUAAAAUUACUAAUCAUUUGUAUAUUUUGAGUUUUGUUAAAUUACAAUUUUUUCAUAAAGCUUUUACUAAUUAUUUUUACAUCAUUUUCAUGCUGAAACAUGAUGUGUGAUACCCUACAAGAGUUGAUACCAAUAGAAGUUAGUUUUUUUUUAACUUUUAAAUAAAUUGGACCAUUUUUCUUAGAAUUAACAUUAUAUGAGUCAGUGAGAAGUAUGCUUAUGGAAAUUGUUUAAUGAAGACCAAUGAACUUUUAGUUUUCUAGGACAAAAAUGAUUUUUAUUUUAAAGAUAGAAAUUUGGGAUGUUGAUCCAGAAUGUUGUACAAAAAUGACAUGGAAAUUGAGUAAAAGUUCAUACAAAAAAUUUGAAAAUAACCAAACUUUAAAGCGAGCAAAAUGAAGACUAUUAAUAAAAUUUUAAAAUACUAUGAAUUGACUGGAAUGGAGAUAGAAGAAAGAAAUCCAUUCAUUGUUGUUUUAUUAGAUGUCCUGAGGUAAAUAAAGUUUCAAAGAAAUUGAGUAAAAACUGGCAAUAAAAGAAUUUGAAAGAAGAAAUUAGUAAAAUUAAGAUAUAAAAAAUAAGUAAAUGGAAAAUACAGUAAAAAAAAAAAAUUUCAGAAAUCUGUGGUAGUUAAAUCCAGACUUAAUUCAGUGAAAAAUGCAAUUACUUUAAGUACAGCAGCUUAAACUUCAGUCUCAUACAAUUAUCUAGACUAUUGGAAAACACAUUUAAGUAACAGACCUGAAUGUUAUAUCACAAUGCUGUAAUUUGGAUAUUACUGACAACCCAGAGAACUUAGGGGGAAAAAAAGACUCUGGAGACUACAUUUCAGAAAGUUUUCUAUUAACUGAAUAAUGUAGGCAUAUCAAACUCAACAUACUCAAAACAGAAUGUAUUAUUCCCCAUUCCCACCCCAUCCCAAAUUAAUAUCUCUUUCUAACAUCCCUAUUUCUGCCAAAAAGCACUAUCAUCCUCCUGGUCAGCCAGGUUCAACACUUUAGAUUCAUUCUCCUUAUCGUUAAUAUCUAAACAGUUGUCAAAUCUGUUUUAUUUCUACUUCUACAUCUCCCACAUCCAUCUCCUCUUCUCUCACAGAGCCACCAUUUUAGGAGUACACUAUACUCUAUUAGUGUCUAUUAGACACUAACUGGUCUCCCGUCUUCUAAUACAUCUUUUACUCAGCUACUAAAGUGAUAUAUCUGAAGCACAAGUCUAAUAUUAAUCCUAUUUUCAGUAAACUACUAUGGUUCCUGUUAUUUGUAUGAUCACAUAUAAAAGUCCUCUGUUUGACAUUUAAAGUCUUUCACAAUUCAUUUUUAAACUACCUUUCUUUUCUCAUUAUAUAUUACUAUCCUAUAUAUACUCUGUGAUUAAAUAGGCCUUCAUACUGUUCUUCGUGUGUGUAUAUGUGUGCAUAAAUGUAUGUGUAUGUGUGUGUGUGUGGGGGGGUACUUCUCCCCUCCUGUUUCUGUGCCUUUUCAUACACAGCCUUAUGUUUAAAAUAUACUUCCCUUCUCACAUCUCUCAAAAUCCCUAAAUUCUUUGAAAGCUCAGCUUAAAGAGCACUACUUCUGUGAGGCCUUUAUGUUCUCAGCUAUUAGUGCCUCCUCUUAAAAUUACCUUGUAUUGAUUUUGUAUGCAUUUUGUAUUUAUUUCUAUGUGUAUAUGAUUUCCCCAAUGGAAUGUAAACUCUUAUGAAGGCAGAGACUGAUUUUUUUUUUGUAUCCCCAUCAUCUACCACAUUGCCUGACACAUAGUGGACACUGAAUAAAUGCUUGUUAUUUGACUGAAA